CAUCACAAAUGAGCAAGCUGCAGAGCUUGGAGGAUCUGAAUCUAUCCCGCAACAAUCUUUCUGGUGUCAUUCCAACAUCUUUUGGUGAAAUGCCUGGCUUGUUGCACAUUGACAUGUCCUACAAUCAGUUCAAGGGCACCAUCCCUGACAGCAAAGCAUUUCAAAAUGCUUCCUUGGAAGGGAAUAAUGGAUUGUGUGGCAAUGUUGUAGGACUGCAACCCUGCAAUCCUUCUGCAGGAAAUAAAAGUACCUCAAAUAAGGACAGAAAGCUAGUGUUUUUAAUCGUGUUCCCUGUUUUGGGAGUAUUUUUACUUGCUUUACUUGGAAUUGCCUUAAUUAGAAGAAGAAGAAAGAAACACCAACACACAGAAGAGAGCUAUGUGCAAAAUGAAGUCUUUGCAAUAGCAAAUUUUGAUGGAAGAAAAAUGUAUGGAGAAAUCAUGGAAGCAACCAACAAUUUUGACACUGCAUGUUGCAUUGGGAAGGGUGGAUAUGGAACUGUCUACAAGGCAAAGCUACCAUCUGGCAGCAUAGUUGCCGUGAAGAAACUCUAUCCAGUACAUGAUAGUGAGGAGGCAUCUCAGAAGGAGUUUUUCAAUGAAAUAAGGGCACUACUGGAGAUACGACACCGAAACAUUGUGAAACUUCUUGGUUUUUGUUCAAAUGUGCAUCACUCCUUCUUGGUGUAUGAGUAUCUAGAAAAGGGAAGCCUCUCUGCAAACUUGAGCAACGAAUUAGAAGCAAAGAAAUUGAACUGGAGUACAAGGGUGAAUAUAGUUAAAGGCGUGGCUCAAGCCUUAUCUUAUAUGCAUCAUGAUUGUGUGCUACCUAUUGUGCAUCGAGACACAUCAAGCAACAACAUUUUGGUGAAUGACGACUAUGAGCCCUGUGUUGCAGACUUUGGCACUGCCAAGCUUUUAAAUCCAGACUCAUCAAAUUGGACAACCCCUGCAGGAACAUAUGGAUAUGUAGCCCCAGAGCUCGCUUUCACGAUGAAGGUAACUGAGAAAUGUGAGUGCUGGCACUGGAAGUCCUAAUGGGGAAGCAUCUGGGUGAUUUGGUCUCCUCAUUUCCGAAUCCUUCAGCAAAUGAAAACAUGUCACUGAAGGAUUUGUUGGACUAACGGCUUCCCCCUCCGACACCUGAUGUUGAGGAUGAACUGAUUACCAUUGCAAGACCAGCAAUCGAGUGCAGAUAUUCCCAUCCACAAUCAAGGCCAACAAUGCAAAUGGUUUCUCAGGUGCUAUCAUCCCAAAAUCAUAUUCCUACAGACAGCAGGACAUUACACUUGAAUCAAUCAUUAAGAACUGAUCUGUGCAUUUCUUUCCAUACGACUCGUAGUAGUAAAAUAGAUGAUCUUGUUUAUAUCAUAUUUAGGGAAUUAUGCAUUCCUAUUCAACUGAAGCUAUCCAUGUAUAUUGUUGUCAGAAAGAUUAAAGUCUUGCACUACUCUU